UUGCUUUGAAUCUCUGUAUUUAUUUAUUUAUUUGCCAGAGUUGUUGCAAACACUGAUUACAUGAUGCUAUUAUUUUGUUAUCUUGAAUUUGAUUGUAGUUUGUACUUUAAAAGAUGCCUAGUGAUGGUUUAAGAAAGGAUCCGGCAUGGAAUUACUCACAUUUGGAGAAUCCGAAAGAUACAAAUGCCGUCACUUGUAACUUUUGUGCAAAAGUUACAAAAGGAGGUAUUUAUCGAGCUAAACAACACUUAGCUGGAGGGUAUAGAAAUGUGAGUGCAUGCCCAAGAUGCCCAUCUAGUGUUAGAGAAGAAAUCAAAGAGUACAUGAGUAAGAAAAAGGAAGAAAAAGAUCAAAUGAAUUUGUUACCUAGUGAUGAAAUUAAUUUCAUUGAUGGAGAGGAUGAGGAUGACAUUAUGGAAGUUAACAAUCGAGGAAAAAGGGUAGCCAGUGCAGGCAGUGCUAGUGUCAAUUCCUCAAAGAUGCAAAAGCAAAAGGGACCGAUUGAUUUAUAUUUCACUCCCAGACCGAAAAUUGUGGUACAAAAAAGAAAGGAGGGGGGAAAACAAACAGCUAUUAAUGAUGCAUGCAAGAAAGAGUUGAGAAGAAGAGCGUGUGCUGCUUUUGCAAGGUGGAUGUAUGAUGCAGGAAUUGCAUUCAAUGCUGUUAAGUAUGAUAGCUUUGCCGAGGUUGUUGAAGCAAUUGGACAAUAUGGUCCUGGCAUGAAACCACCUAGUUAUCAUGAGGUGAGAGUUCCUUUACUUAGGAAGGAAUUGGAUAAUACCAAUGCUUUGAUGAAUGACCAUAGGGAGGAGUGGUCAAAAUUUGGAUGCUCAUUAAUGGCAGAUGGGUGGACAGACAAGAGAGGGAGAACAUUGCUUAAUCUCCUAGUAAAUAGUCCAAGGGGAACCAUGUUUAUUGAGUCGAUAGAUACUUCUUCUUUUUCAAAUGAUGGUGACAAGAUGUUUGACUUACUUAAUAAAUUUGUCAACCGCAUUGGAGUAGCAAAUGUCGUCCAAGUCGUCACAGAUAAUGAGUCAAGCAAUAAGUAUGCCGAUUUUGAUUUACUCAUUCUCUUUAUAUCAUUUAUUCUUUUUUCCGUUUGGUUUCAAAUAGGGAGGAUGUUAGAGAAAGAACACCCACAUUUGUAUUGGACCCCAUGUGCUGCUCAUUGCUUAGACUUGAUGUUGGAAGACAUUGGGAAAAUACCGUCCAUCUCUAGAACAAUGCAGAGGGCAGUGGAGUUGAAUAGUUAUAUUUAUAUGCGACCAAAGUUGUUGAACAUUAUGAGGAACUUUACUCACAAAAAGGAGUUGCUUAGGCCUGCUAAGACUCGAUUUGCUACAUGUUUCAUCACAUUAUCAAGUAUUCACAAGCAAAAGAAUAACUUGAGAAAGAUGUUUACUUCAGAAGAAUGGAAUCGUAGUAAAUAGGCGAAAGAGGAAGCCGGUAAAAGAGUUGCUUCUUAUGUUUUGAUGCCUUCCUUUUGGAACAACAUUGUCUUUAGCCUUAAGGUUUCCGGUCCUCUUAUUCCGGUUUUGAGAUUAGUUGAUGGCGAGAGAAAGCCUCCUAUGGGAUACAUUUAUGCGGCUAUGGAUAGGGCUAAAGAAGCCAUUGCAAAAUCCUUUGGGGGAGUAGAAGAUAAAUACUC